AUGUCACCUCUCGAUUCUUCCCCAACACCAUCGCUUGACUCUGCCUCAUCAAGCCUCUCAGGUACGCUUUCCCGACCGCCGCCGCCUCCCAAACCAUCUCAUCUCUCGUCCGCCUUUACGGGAACAUGCAACUCCAUCGCUCUUCGCCACUAUAUCCAAACGCACAACACAGGCGGAUCGUUCACCACCCAUUCACCCUCCACCUUCUCCAUCAGCCGUGCACACCUCGGUCAUGGUUAUGACAGCUCAACCUUAGAUCAUUUUGUCGACGCUUUUGACACAUCGAGCGAUGACGAAGGUGAUGGCCGUAUCCAAUCCCCUUCAGCCAGGCCUACAGUCCGCGGCAGGACCUACACUGCUCCUUCGGUCAGCAGAGUCGUUGAUGCGAGCUCUCAGGAUACCGAUUCUAUGGCCCACCCCUCGCACCUUCUGGGCAAUGAGCUCAUCACCAUCGAUGCAUCUGGUCCUUCGCGUGUCGGCAACCUGCGCAGCUUGUUCGAAUCAGCUCUGCCUAGCAAUUCAACUUCCACCGUCGUUUCCAGACAAAAUACUGGCAUCGCUUCUCAGCAUACUGGAACCAGAGCAAAGCCCCGGAUCAGCAAUCAAGUUCGAAUGCUUCAAGCACAGAUCACCGGCGAUCGCUUCAAUGGGAUUGCUGGUGCUUUCCAUGUCGCAGACAUCCGAAGCUCUGUCGUGUAUCAGAAGCCUCAAACAGCGACAAAGCAUCGCAGGGACCACAUAGAUCAGAGCCAGGAUGACUCGAUCUACGCCACCGCCACUCAAAAUUUGCUCGGUGAAGCGCUCAAGAUGGACGCACAGGUCAUUCCUCCCGCUGCCAACCACGGCUCCAUCCAAACGUCGUUUUCUGGCUCGUUUCCAUCUGAACGCUCCAUCACAGCAGAGCCAACCUCUAUCGAUUCAGACGCAACUGUCACCCGCGCGACAUCACCAAAGACCGUUCUGACAUCUUCCCGUAUUCGAACCAUCACAGCUCAGCACGACCGCGACGACAGCUCUGCCACCAUCAAGCCGAGUCAUUGCAAUCUGAAUGUAUCUUCUGUCUCUGAAACGAUCUCUCGCAGCGGCACCAUCCACCCACAGGAUGCCGUUUCCGAUACAGUCCGACGACGUUCGACUCGCUUGGUCAGUGGCGGCACCAGGGGACGUUUGAGCUCCGUUUUCACCGCUAGCCCUUCGUCUUCCGAACGAGGCGGCAUAGCUGAGAACGGCAACGCAGCAGCCUCACCUGCUAGCUCAAUAGCCAGUCGUUCCGCUUCGGACGCCGAGCUAGAGGCAGAGAGGUCCCGAGAACCAUCUAUGCUCAUCGCUGACGACGACGAUCUCAGCUUUUCCCAAAGCAGUCUUCAUUUGCGCGCAAACGACGGAAGCUGCUUUGACCUUGAUUCCAGGUCGACCCACACGAGCCCCACCAAAACCGCCACUGUUCGACGAGCCAAGCCCAAUGCCGUCACUACCGCAAAGGCUCAGAUCAUCAGUAACACGGACGCUUCUUCAUCGUCGAAAAGUGAAGAGGAUGCCAGCGCCAAUCCAAGCUCAGCAAGCUCGCCGUCGAUGGCUCUUGAACCCAAGCCUAGCAUUAAAGUUGCUGAUCCGGGAGCUGAAAACGAUACAGCACAGCUCGUCAGGCCUGAAUCAAGCUUGCAUCAGACUGAGACCUUGACCCUGCUAACGCCACGUCCCGUCAGUGCUCGCCUGCCGCACGGAAUCGGCAAGCCCGCUCGUGCACUGUACGACUUUGAGGGCGAAGCCGCGUUCAACGAGCUCUCCGUCCGAGCUGGCCAGCCCUUUGACAUUCUCAACGAGCAGCUUGCAGGCGGUUGGAGUCUCGGCCUGAUCUGGGACGAGAACGGCGUGCCGACACGAGGUCUGAUUCCACAAGGGUUCUACUGUCUUAUUCAGGACUUUACUCGCUCGCCUGAGCCAGCCCAAGGUUCCGAGCCACCCCCGAUGCCAGAUCUCGUUGAAACGGGACCAGGCGUGGCCAACAUCAGCCUUGCUGCUCGAACUGCAGCCUCAUCGGAUCGAAGCAAGGCAAGCCUGAUUUCUGAUGUAGGAUCGCCAGCAUCUUCGCCGAACUCUAAGCCGGGCUCACCAGGACAGGUGCAAGUUCAAGAUGGCCCUAUUGCGUUAACAGAAACGCCAUUUGCACCUUCGGAAAGCGUCCCAGAAAUUGCAAAGCAGAACACUUUGAAGUUGAGGUCACCCCCCGAUGAUGUUAUGACGUGCGAGCCGAAUCUUAUCUCAGUCAGCGCCUUUCUCGAAAUCAGCAACGAGGCUGCACAAUGGCAGCAGGUGAAGCGACAAGAUGCAACGAUUCUGCCAGACGCCAUCGAGGCAGCCCCUUCUGCAAGCGAUGAGCCACCUGUCUUAGCGAAUCUUGGUGUCGCCAUUGACGGAAUGCCUGCUUCAUCUACAGAGUCCCAUCCCUUCGACUGGUCUGCUGUUCGAGCUGAUCAGUCGCCAAGCUUGGAGGCAGUUAGCCUCCCCAGCGAGGCCAUCUCGACAGUCGAACCUACGACAGCCAAUGCCAUUCCGGUCUCAAUGGCAGAAUCGACGCUGACCGCUGGCUCUGACUGGAAGGGUAGUCUGUUUGGCAAAAAGACAUUCAACCGCUUCGCCAGCUUUGUCACUAGCGGCGCUGAGGACUACGUGCUGUCCGAUGGUGAUCUUCACGUAAACGAACGCUCGCGCACCAUCGCUCGAAAAGUAUCGGAAGGCAAGCCUAUCGGUGUUCUCGUUCCAGCUUUGACUGAAGUCACAGAGGAGGACCAGGAAGGAGCCAUCGUUAAGCAUGGGCGCGAGUCUACCGACACAGGUCUCGAGGCACAAACGGAGACAUCCGAGGUAGUGAUCUGCGCUACAGACCCGAACCAACACUUUGUGAUCGCUGGCCCUGCUGGCCCCAAGUGGAAGAGUCGAUCCGCGCCCUUUCUUGUUCAGGUUCACCAUCCCGAAAAGCGAACCAAGCUUAACGGCAUGCAUGAAUACACCAUCUACCACGUCACCAGCACUUACCCUCUCGGCGACCAGUCAGACGCUGUCUCUGGUAGCCAAGGUUGUAUCCCAUACGACCCGCUCGGCGGUCCUCACCCAGCUGGAGCUCAAGUCACGGUUCUUCGCCGCUUCACGCAAUUCGAAUGGCUGCACCAGGUGCUCGCCAAACACUUUUCCGCAUUGCUGAUUCAUCCAGUGCCGGAGAAGCAGUAUAGCGGUCGCUUCGCUUCCGAUUUCAUCGAGACCCGCCGUGCCGAUCUGGAAAUGUGGAUGUCGAGACUGGUUCGACAUCCCGUGUUGCGAUAUUCGGAGCCGCUGCGCUUCUUUUUGAGCUGCGAGGAUGAAGUGGACUGGCGAAGCUAUGCGGCAAACCUGCUGCGAUACGGUUGUUCAACAGGCAAGACGAUCCAAGGUGGAGUGUUUGCUCACACCUGGCACCCUGAGUUCAACUUUGACGCAUCCGAAGCAGAGAUUGAAGCUGAUCGAAUGGAAGCGUUCCUCAAAGCGCAGGAAAAGACGAUCAACGGAGUCGGAGGGCACAACGCCGGCAAACAUGGUUUGCUGGCUGCGUACAAGGCGCAUCGCGAGGGGAACAUGGGUACAUCGUCGACCUACAGGGAUCUUUCAUACACACUGUUGCGCACUUUGACGGGUGCUGGUGCAGGACCGUCCGACGACGGCAUCAGUACCUCGGCGGACGCUCAUCGAAUCCUCGGUCCUCCCAUGGGCAACGUGGGCAAACGCAGCGAUACUGGCGCUACCAAUGAACAUGGAGCCUGGUGUUGGCGGGAAGACUGCCUAAAUUGUCUGAAUUUGACCAGUGCCCUGCAGAAUACGGCAGAGUGUAUGCAGAACGUCGCGGAUAUCUACGAAUCGCACGCGAGAGAAACGCUUCUAAGGCAACACGAGAGGUUCAAAGAGGUUUCGAGACCAUACACGAUGGCGCAGGCGUUGUUAGAAACGCACCGUACGACGUUGACCAGAUAUCAGGAGGCAACGUGCGACGCUUGGGCGGAUGGAGACGAACAAGACAAGGACAAGAUCGGACGUGGUGGCGAUUCAGUGCGACCUGAAGAAGCAGAGAAAAUCGCGGCAAGAUGCGAAACGGUUCUGAACGUGACGCUCUCCGAAAUGGACCGAUUGCACGAUGAACGUGUGCAGGACUAUCACGCGUUAGGACGAUCUUUGCUCGAUGGAGAGAUCGAGCUGUACGAAUCGAUCCUGGAGCAGCUCAAGGCGGCACGGCUGCAUUACAAUGAAGAGUAUUAUGAGCGGGAAACCGAUUUCCACGUUCUGGCGAGUAGGUAUCAGGCCGAUUUGGGAAAGCCCAAGAAGCCCAGUGCACCUCUGCUGAUGCCGAGUGCGGCACAAGCAGCGAGCGGUGGGCUGAAGGGCGGCGUCGGAUUAUUGAUCAGCCAAGCUACUGGUGGGAGGCUGGAAGGGGUGGAUCGGACUCCUCUUGCCUCUCCUCGGAUCGGCGGAGGAGGACAUGGGACGAUCCGAGGCGCUGAGAAUCGCGGGCUCAGGGAAAGCACAAAUGUGUUGCAUCAAAGCUCGGCGGAUGUGGCGUUGAAAACGUGCGCGCGUCAACACCAUGUAGACAGCAGCGAACAGCCGCACCAGCGGAGGGAUCAGUCGAGGACGUCGUCGUACUUUUCUGCUAUCUGGCGCUGA